CAUUAGCUUACAACGUCGAAACACGCUGACUUCAAAGUGUGUUUGUUUAUGUUAAUCUUAACAAAGUGUGAGGGUGGGAGGAUGGCUUAAGUGCAGAAACCACCGAGAAAAAUCUAUCGAAACUAGAUUUUAGCAUGACCCACACCCGCGAAGACGCCAUCAUGGAAACCACAGUUACCACGUUCGGGAAGCAGAAAUUCGUGACCAUCUCGAAACCUUUAGCUCUGUUUCUUUGUCUUCUGUUUGUUGGGUGCAUCGUCGGGACUGCCCUUUUGGUCUACCACUUGUCUUCCUGUCAGGAGUUGUCCAAAGUGGAGGAGUCGACUCUGGUUGUCUAUAACAAGAAAUAUGCGGAAACGGUUACCACCACCACGGAGAUUCCUCCCUCCAGCGAAAGCGAAGAAGUUGUCACAACAACCGAGGAAAACAAUGUGAAAAGCGAAGUCGAGGAUGUGAGAUUGCCGAGACAUGUUCUUCCGCAUUCCUACGACAUCAAACUCGUCCCUUUUAUUGUCGAGGGGAAUUUUACAUUCCAUGGAGAAGUUAUGAUUGUGGUUAAUGUGACUGUUACUAGCGAUAAUAUUACGUUACAUGCUGAUGACUUAAUUAUAGACAACGUUUUAGUGUGUGAACACUUGACUAACAAAUUUCUUUCAAUUAGGCAAGUCGCUAAUGAAACCAAACGACAGUUUUUAAUAAUUUAUUUAAAUGAACCGGUUGAAGCUGGGCUUCAGUAUUACGUCAGUAUUAAAUUUAAGGGAGUUUUAAAUGACUUGCUGCAGGGGUUUUAUAGGAGCUCGUAUAAGGACAACGGCAAAGUAAGAUGGAUCGCCGCCACCCAAUUCCAAGCAACCGACGCCCGGAAAGCCUUCCCUUGCUUCGACGAGCCAGCCCUAAAAGCGAGAUUUCAAAUCAGCUUAGCCAGACCCAAAAACAUGACUGCCAUUUCCAACAUGCCGCAGAUCGGUACUCCGGAACCUGUCGACGGUCUGCCGGACUACGUCUGGGACCAUUUCCAACAGAGUCUUCCCAUGUCCACCUACUUGAUAGCUUUCGUCAUCUCCGACUUCGAGUGUCUCAAAAACGGUACCUUUUCCGUGUGGGCCCGUCGCAGUGCGGUUUCCCAAACCAAGUACAGCCUACAAAUCGGUCCCCAGAUUUUGGAGUUCUACGAAAACUUCUUCGGGAUCAAAUACCCUUUGCCUAAGGUUGAUAUGAUUGGUCUGCCGGACUUUUCCGCUGGAGCUAUGGAGAACUGGGGUUUGAUAACCUACAGGGAGUCGGUUUUACUCUAUGAAGAGAAGGUUUCAAGUAAGGGGAGUUUACAGCGGAUCGCCCAUGUAAUAGCGCAUGAGUUAGCCCAUCAGUGGUUUGGGAAUUUGGUGACUCCAGUUUGGUGGUCAGACUUGUGGUUGAAUGAAGGGUUUGCCACGUACGUCGAAUGUCUUGGGGCCAACUCUGUCAAUCCUCACCUGAAAGAGUUGGAUCAGUUCGUCAUUAACGACUUACAUGGCGCCUUUAUGCUAGACGCUCUAAAAUCCUCACACCAAAUAUCCAUCAAAGUGAACAACCCGGACGAAAUCAAUGACAUUUUUGAUAGAAUUUCGUACUCUAAAGGUGCUGCCAUUCUUCGGAUGAUGCAACAUUUCCUCUCCAUGGAAGUGUUCCGUAAAGGCUUAAACCGAUACCUUCAAAGUCGUAUGUACAACAACGCCGAACAAGACGAUCUUUGGAAUACUUUAACCCAACAAAGCCACGAAGACAAAGUUCUUGAUUCGGCCAUCACCAUUAAGGAGAUAAUGGAUACGUGGACUCUUCAAACCGGUUUUCCUGUAGUAACAGCCUUCAGAAACUAUGAAUUAGACUCGGUGACUUUGUCCCAAGAAAGAUUCCUUGUUAACAGUUUUAAUAAUAGCGCAAAUUCGGUUUGGUGGUGGAUUCCCAUCACCUACACCGGUCCUGGAAAAGCCGUGAAGUCCACAUGGAUGCGCAUGGAACCGACAAUAAUCAUUAACAAUUUAGAUCUAUCAGAUGAAGAGUGGUUUUUGGUUAAUGUCAACCAAACCGGCUACUACAGGGUCAACUACGACCAAAGAAACUGGAAUUUGAUUACGUCCCAGUUGUUGAAGAGGAACGGUCACUUAGUUUUUGACCCUAAGAACAGAGCGCAGCUUUUAGAUGACGCAAUGAAUUUGGCGUCCGCUGGUUACUUGGAUUAUGAUAUUGCGCUAAAUGUUACUAGAUAUCUGAAACAAGAACGAGAAUUUGUUCCGUGGAAGGCUGCCCUCAUCAGUCUGGAUUAUUUGUAUGAGAUGUUCGUACGGACUGCACACUUUCACAGAUACAAAAAUUACCUCUUGGCUUUACUUCAAGACUUUUACAAAGAAAUCGGGUUCACCGAAGGCGAAAACGAUCCUCAGCUUUUGGUGUACAACCGGUUUGAAAUAAAUUCCAGGGUUUGUAAGCUGGGAGUUCGGGACUGUGUGGUCAAUGCAGUUCGGGAGUUCCAGACCUGGAAGAAUUCUCCUGAUCCGGAUAAGCGAAACUUAAUAUCAGAAAACCUUCGAGAAAUCGUCUACUGCACCGCCAUAAGCGUCGGAGGACAGGAAGAAUGGGACUUCGCCUGGCAGCGCUACUUGAACGCAAACGUAGAAAACGAGAAAGAAAUUCUCUUGAUGGCUUUAGGCUGCUCGAAGGAAAUCUGGAUUUUGAGUAGGUACCUGGAAUGGGCCAUUACUGAGAAUUCCGGGAUAAGGAAGCACGAUUCUGCCCGCGUGUUUGCAGCUGUCACCAGCAACAGUAUUGGGCAACAGUUGGCUUACAGGUUUUUGAAAACCCAUUGGAAUAGGUUGAGAUCUUAUUUGGGGGCUUCUUCUAUGUCUUUGAGUAGCAUAGUGAGGAGUUGCACCAUCAGGUUUAACACUCAGUUAGAAGUCGACGAUUUUAAGAUGUUUCUCAAGAUGAAGGAGAAUGAGUUUGGGAUUGCUUUAAGAACCGCCCGUCAAUCUAUAGAGCAAGGAGAGGCUAAUGUUCAUUGGAUGGAACGAAAUUCGGAGAGGAUAAUAAAGUGGUUGUCUACUGUAAAUGUUUAAGUUUUAAUUUAUUGGACUUCCAGUGAAAAAGCACUUGUUAGAUUGUAGCAAGAGUAGUCUUAAGUAUGAAGAGGAAAUGGAAUUUACCGUCGAGAGUUUUAUUUUUACACAUUUGCUAUGUAGUUUAGUUUUUGUAUACCCGUAUUAUUAUUGUUAUUUAUUAUUUUGCCAUAAACGUUUUAUUUUCUUAUACAGGGUGGUGCAUACAUAUUUCGCUACACAGGAAUGAGAAAAUAUAGAAGCACCAAUUUGUGUACGAAAUUAAACACUCACUAAAGAACGUAAAGUUAGCGUCUAGUUUUAAUGUUUUUAUCAUCUAUAUUUGACGUGAUACUGUAAUAUAAUGGAUAGAUUAUUUUUUUACUUGAUAUUUUUACAGUACUUUUGUUAAACACAAACGACAAUAUGUUUUUAAAUUUACUGCAAGCGGAAGACGUUUACAUUUUU